CAAGAUACCGCCAUCAUGCGCAACGUCAUAUUUCUUCUCGCGUCGGCUAUCGCCUUUACAGGAGUUUCUGCAUCCCCCACCGAGGCUAUUUUCGGCCGUCAUGUAGGAGAUAGCUGUAAAGGCGGCGAAGGAUCCGGGACCUGUCAGGCAACGUCAAAGUGUAACGGGAUAUCAUAUCCACUUGGCUACUGCCCUAACGACCCUGUUGAUGUUCAGUGCUGUGUUGAAAUUGCCUGCAAACAAAGUGCUGGGUUUUGCAGAAGUGUUUCCAACAACGGAUGUUCCGGCGGUAGCUUUGAAUCCGGAUUCUGCCCUGGUGACAACGACAUCAAAUGCUGCAUCAAGAGCAAAGAUAGCUCUCCAGGCACACCAACUCCUCCACCAUCGUCCGGUGGUCAACUACCCGGCCUCUCAGCCACGUCAUCCAAAUACGCACAUAUCAUCGCUUCUCGGGUUCAUGCCCUGGGGCUGCCAAAGCGCGCAUGUUUGGUCGCGAUCGCAACUGCGCAGCAGGAGAGCGGCAUACGCGUUUUGGCAAACACGGGCGAGCCAGCUUCAUACAACUAUCCCCAUGAUGGCGAGGGGAGCGAUCAUGACUCGGUGGGCAUCUUCCAGCAACGACCGGGGUGGGGAACAGUCAAAGAUCGCAUGGAUCCAGCGUCUAGUGCAGACAAAUUCCUCAAUCGUUUGAAGACCGUUAGCAACUGGCAGAGUCUAAGUAUCGCACAAGCAGCGCAAAAGGUGCAAGUGUCCGCAUUCCCCGAUGCCUAUGCCAAAUGGGAAACUCUCGCAACAAAUGUCUGCAAUGCUGCAUUUUAG